CCUCCCUCACUCCACCACCUUAUACACCGGCGCGCCAUGACGAUGGCGCACCACGCCGCCUCGGCCGCCGACCUGGCGCUGCUCGACAUGCUCAGUGCGCUGCCGCAGCCCGGCCAGGCGCCCGUCUCGCACUUCCGCCAUGCCGGCGCCGGCGACGCGGCCGCGGGCGGCAGCCGCAGCCGCAGCAGCAGCCAUGCCAGCAGCAGCUCGCGCCGCCCACUCGCCACGCUCACCGCGCUGCGCCGCCCGCCCAUCGAUCCCAUCAUCCUCGCCGCCUCGCUCUCCAGCGGGCCGCACGUCACGCGCCACCACUUCCACCACUCCUACGGCGCACCGCGCGCCAAGCCCUCGACGCAGAUGCCGGCGUCGGAGCGGCGCGCGCGCCAGCGGCAGGAGGCCGCAGCUGCGGCAACGGCGCCGGCAGCCGGCAGCUACGCCAACUGCGACGCACCCGCGCCGGAGCCCGAGCCGGAGCAGGAGAGCGGCUACUUUGGCGGCGCCGUGCCUUCCGUGCCCGCGCUGACCGACGAGGAGCGCGCCCUCUACUCGUCGCGCCAGGCGCCGCGCAGUGUGCGGCUGCGCCUCGAGGCCGAGGCAAAGGCCUCGCGCGAGCGCGCAGCGCAGGCACAGGCCGCUGCCGAGGCGCAGAAGAGCGCAGACGCCAGCGCCGCCGCCGCGCCGGCCGCUCCGCAGCCAGCUGCUGCACCGGCGCCGCGCUCCAAGGCCGCAGAGCAGCUCUCCGAGGCCCUGCACUCGCGCCAGGCGCUCAUCUCGCAGCCCUCGACGCCGCUGCAUCUCGGCGCGCUGCCCACGCCCGGCGUCAACGCCCCGCCCGGCCAGACGACGCCGCUCUCGCUCGCGGGCCUCUCCUCCAUCGUGCGCCCGCCGCCGCUACUUGCGCGCUGCUACGCACGCACGCGCAUUCCGACGCCGCACGGCGAGAUUUUCUGCCACCUGUACCGCAACAACCGCGACGGCAAGGAGCACCUGGCGCUCGUCGUCGACCCGGCGCAGAACUCUGCCGAGACGAUGCAGGCGCUCGAGCAGGGCGACGACUCGCCGCGCAAGGGUGCCGCACGCCCGCUGCGCAGCCAGACGCUCGAUGAGGUGUGGAGUCCGGAAGAGACGGAGAUGGAGCGGAUAGUGCGCGGCGCGUACGUGGGGCGGCUGGGCCCGAGCUUCCAGCAAGCCAGUCCGGCGGCUCCGCCACGCCCGCGGCACAGCGCCGCAGCCCACGCCGCGGCCCGCCUCGCGCCUGCGUCGCGCGCAGCAGUGCCCGAGGAGGAGGAGACUGCGCCGCUGGUGCGCAUCCACAGCGAGUGCUACACGGGCGAGACGAUUGGCUCGCAGCGCUGCGACUGCGGCGAGCAGCUCGACGAGGCCAUUCGGCUCAUCCACGCCACCUCUACGAGUGCGCGUCCGGCGCGUGGAGUCAUCGUCUAUCUGCGACAAGAAGGGCGCGGCAUUGGGCUGCUCGACAAGCUCAUGGCGUACAAUCUGCAGGACAUGGGCCACGACACCGUCUCUGCCAAUGUCCUGCUGGGCCAUCUGCCCGACGCGCGCAAGUACGACAUCGCAGCUGCCAUUCUGCGCGACUUGGGCGUCUCGACGUGCCGACUGCUGACGAACAACCCGGACAAGAUGGAGGCACUGGAGCGCGAGGGCGUGCGUGUCGCAGAGCGCGUCGCAAUGGUGCCGCGCGCAUGGCGCGAGGAGCUAGGCGCAAAGGCUCGGCGACGACGCAACCAUGCGCGACGAGCCAAGGCGGCGGCGCGCGCCAGCUCCUCGGCACCGCGCACGCCCGACGGGCGCGCCGCAAGUGCCAUUCCCCGCAGUCGACGCCGGGCACUCGGAGCUGGCGCCUCCAUGGACGCCAGCAUCAUCUCGCAAGCUCCCUCUGCCGGCGCGCAUUCUCCGCGCGUCUUGUCUGCGCCUGGCUCGGGCGAGGCAAGUGAGAAUGACUGGGCGGGCGGCGAGGAGGAGCCGUGGGAGAGUGGCUCGGAGGAAAGCGGCGAUGGCGAGGCGGAGGAGGAGUACGUCGAUCAUAUCCUGCGCCGCAGCGGCGCCACGAUGCUGGGCGCCAGUGUCACGCGAGGGCCAGAGCUGGAAAAGUAUCUGCGCACCAAAGUGGAGCGCAUGGGCCAUCUGCUCGACCUGCCGCCGCACGAAGCGCCGCACGCACAUGCUCCGGCACCGGCACCUGUGACGCAAGCGCAACCACAUGCCUUGUCGCAGAGCGUCGAUGCGCUGCAGAUCGACGAGGCGGACGCACCACCUGCAACGCCGCACGAGCACGACGAGGAAGACCACGCCAACACCGACCCGGACAGCCUGCUCGACGAGGGCGAACUGCACGCGCUCGCCGCACAUGCCGCCGAUGGCAGCGGCGCGCCCGGCACUGAGAAGGACGGCGUCGCGGCGACGGACUUUGCCGCACAGCCGCAGCGACACCAUCCUGCGCAGCAGGCGGAUGACUCGGACGACGACGCGAUCCUGAUUGAGCGGCAGUGAGCCGGCCUGGCUGCCAUGACUGCACCUCUUGCGACGCCUGCUUCAUUCUACCCCUCCCGCCCAUGUGACGCCUCUCUUACUUCACGCAUUAUCGGCCACUCUGCAACACAUGCUCUCCUUCCCAGGCUGCGCACUUUCUCUGCAAUCCACACGCCCAGCUGUCUCGCCUUAAAGUGAUGUAGUUGCGCAGCGAGGGGCGGGUAACAAGAUGUCUAAGUGUAGGGGAAGCAGUGUUCU